AUGAAAAGUCGAUAUGAAUAAUAUUAUGAAACUAAAAACUAAUUGCUUGGAUAAGGGGCAUUUUCAUAAGUGUUUUUGGGCGUUAAAAAAUCAAAUCAAUAAAAAGUCGCUGUCAAAAUUAGUAAUAGAAAUCUUGCUAUUUCUCAAUAGGAGAAAAGAAUCCUCUAUCGAUUGUCAUAAUUUAAACAUUAAAAUGUAGUUUAAUUGUUUGAUAUUUUUGAUUAACCUGAAGCUCUAUUUAUAGUUUAAGAAUAUUGCAAUGGUGGUACAUUAUAUGAAAUGAUGAUUACUAAAUCAUUUACUGAAGAAUAAAUAGUAAUCAUAGCACUUUAAAUCGCAAACGGAUUAAACUUUUUACAUAGCAAAAAUAUUGUGCAUAGAGACGUUAAACCUGAGAAUAUAUUAAGAUAAAUUGAUGAACAAGGGACUGAAACCUAUAAAAUAACGGAUUUCGGUUUCAGCAGUGUGAAAUUAGAUAGAAUGACAACAAUUAAAGUUGGAACAGCCUAUUACGUAGCUCCAGAAAUAUUGAAGGAACAAGAGUAUGAUAAAUCCGUGGAUACUUGGGCAUUAGGUUUAAUCAUCGAUGAAUUACUGCACAAAACACCAUUUUAUAAUGGGUUUACUGAAGAAGAAGUAUUCAGUAAAAUAAGAACCAUUGAUUACUUUAUAAGAGAUAAGUAAUAUGCAGAACCUGCAAAUUUUGAUAAUAAAAAGAGUUUGAUCAAAAAUAUAUUGAUAAAUUCUAUUUAAAAGGACCCUAAAUAAAGGAAAGACUUGAAUUGGAUUAUAUAGAGCUUAAAUGAGUACUAUUAAUAUAGCCCACAAAGUAGUAUUUAAAAGGAUAAUAGAAAAAUAUCUCUAGAUUCUCAAACUACAUCAUGUGAAUAGCCAUUAAUUUCUUAAAUACAAACAUAUUCUGUUGAUCAAUAAUAAGUAGAGGAAUGCCCAUAUCAUUCAUAACCUAUAAAAUAUAAAAUCACUGGGAGAGAUGAAAAUUCUAUCAUAAAUGCAUGUAAAAUAUGUUUAUAGUGUUAUGGGGUAUUUGAUCACUUAGACUUUCAAUAAUAUUUGAGAUAAACAAAUGUUGAAUUGAUUUCUUUUUCAAUUGAAUGUUAUUUUUCUCAAAAUGAAAUAAUUAUUGAAGCACUUAAACUCCUUAAUCAAUUUAAAUUAUUGUAAGAGAAGGAGAAAUUGAUUUCUGAAUUGAGAAGCAUAGUCGAAAAACAUAAUUAAAUUUUGAGGCUUGAGUAUAUUUAAUACAAGAAUGAUGUAGAAUCAACGAAUGUUAAUGCAAAAUGGCUUAAUGAUGCUUUAAAAAUGAAUUAAAAAAUAUCCAAAGAUAUGCCGAACAAAAUAAUCCUCUACUUAAUUUCGAGAUGUCAACAAAGAAGAGAACUUUCACUUUUAGAAUGCAGGCAAUUCAUUAAAGAAUAACUUAAAUCACUAUAAUAAUACUUAGUAUCUUUAUUAUGA